AUGAGCUACUACUUCGCCAUCGUCGGCGCCCAGGACAACCCGCUCUUCGAGUACGAGUUCGGCACCUCGAAGCAGGGCGGCGAUGGCCAGUCGCGCUUCUCGGACCAGCUGCGCCAUCUCAACCAAUUCAUCCUGCACUCGAGCCUCGAUAUUGCCGAGGAGGUUCAAUGGGGCCACGGCCAAAUGUAUCUCAAGUGCAUCGACAAGUUCUUCAACAACUACAUCUCGUGCUUCGUCACCGGCGCAAACGUAAAGUUCCUGCUGCUGCACCAGCCCUCGGCCCCAUCCUCCACGGGCCCCUCGUCGUCGCGCUCCUCGACGGCCAUCGGCGCCAACCCCACCAGUCCGGCCACCGAGGAGGCCAUAAAGAUGUUCUUUGCCGAGGUGUACGAGAACUGGGUCAAGGCCGUCAUGAGCCCCUUUUACAAGGCGAACUCCGAGGUUCGCAGUCCCGUCUUCCGCGCCCGCGUCGCCGCCGCCGGCCGCAAGUAUCUGUGA